CUACAACUUCCACUACUUCAUCUUUCAGCUAUCAUUUCAAAUCAUGACAGUCCCAAAAUCCAAUAAUCAAUCUUCUCUCCCAACUUCAGACUCCACAGCCUCAUACUGGCACCGCUCUCCCUCCAAGAAACUCCUUGGUCAUAGGACCACUCCUUCCCUACCUACAAAGGCAGAUCUCGUGAUUGUAGGAAGUGGAAUCGCAGGUGCAUCCGCAGCCCAUUUUCUCUCACAGGAUGAUUUAGGUAAAGAUCUUGAUGUGGUUAUGUUGGAAGCUAGGGAAGCAUGCUGGGGUGCGACGGGUCGUGUGAGUCUACAUCCCAUCCAUCCAAUCAAAUAUAAUGAAAAUGAGCGAGAAGAGGAGGGCUGACAAAACACAGAAUGGGGGACACUGUCAGCCAAUGGUCUUUGGCUCGCGACCUGAUAUUGCGGCUUUUGAAUUACGGAAUUAUGAGGUACUUAAGAAGAUGGUAGAGGAAAAUGGCAUUGAGUGUGAAUGGCGAUCUGUGAGAGGUUGCCAUGCAUAUUCCGAUGUGAAAAUGUUUGAAGCGGACAUCAAGCAUUUGGAAGUUUUGCAACAAGAUGCCCCCGACCUGGCGAAGCAAGUGGCGGUUGUCACCAAGGAGUCCACGGAUCCGUCACUUGAAGAUCUGCGUGUCUCAACAGCAGUAGGAGCUUUCGUCCAGGAAAACGCUGCUUCGUUAUGGCCUUAUAAACUCGUCUGUUGGAUGCUGGAGAAUCUUCUCUUCAAUUCGGAAACAAAACUCAAUUUGCAAACUAAAACACCAGUAACACGUCUUCAAAAGGUUCAAGAUGGAUCUUGGAUGGUUCACACAGACCGGGGAAUGAUCGCAACGAAAAAGGUGCUAUUAACGACAAAUGCAUAUACCUCUCGUCUCCUCCCCCAGUUUAGCGACCUCAUCGUCCCAGUACAGGGAGAAAUGAGUGCCCUCCUCCCACCAAGCGCCAUGAGUCCCAAGUCCUCCACGCAUAAGCCUCUACAACAUAGCUAUGGUUUUAUGGGAUAUGAUAAUGUGAAGAUGAUCUAUACGUCCGAUUACCUUAUCCAACGACCCUUUUCCUCAUCUUCCUCAGAUGUGGAAAGCGGUGGUGAACUGAUGUUUGGAGGGGGGCGUCAACUAGGUGCACAGGCGGGAAUUGGCAUCUCAGACGAUUCUUUUAUUUCGGAGCCUGUUGCGAGUUAUCUGAGACGGGAACUUGUCAGUGCUCUAGAUUUGCAGACUGGGCCGGAGGUAAGUGAAUUGGAGGCUACAUAUGAAUGGAGUGGGAUUAUGGGGUAUAGUCGUGAUGGGAGACCGUGGGUUGGAGAAGUGAGUGAGGAGUUGGGUGGAGAAGAGGGGUUGUUUUUAUGUGCUGGCUUUACUGGACAUGGGAUGCCGAAUGCGUGUCUGAGUGCGAAGGGCGCUGUAGACUUGAUGUUGGGGAAGGAGGAGGUUGAUGUACCGAAAUCUGAUAGGAUCAGUGCGGGGAGGCUGUUGGAGGUUAGAGGGGGUGAUGAGGUUGGGGUUAAGGAUAUGAAGGGCUUUUAUGUUUGA